ACACGCAUUGCACGUUUUCGGCAACGCGCAGCCUGAAUGAAUGGUUGCUGCACUUUGAAUGACAAAGCGGGGACGCGCGUUGGGAGCGUGCAUCAGCGCACCCAGCUCGGUGCGCGGGCGUGUCCUCCGCUUGGUUUUCCUACAAGAGCUGCCCUGAUGAGCCACACGUGAGGAGGAAACAUCUGGGAGCAGGUUCAGCUUCGAGGUGGGGGGGCCACACAAGCUCUCAGAGAGGGACCUGGUCACCCAGCAUCAAUACCCAACGUAAUGGCAGCAAAUCCCACCAGCAAUGUCCCAGCAUCUAAUGGAAAGCUGUCCCAGAAGAGUACAGGCUAUUACAGCAACUAAGGCCUUUCCAGAGUUAUCUGUUGCUUGAAGAAACACACAUCCAUGAAAAAAUUCUCAAUAAAAAUGGCAACCAUUUCCAAGGGCUCCUGGGAUGAUCAUCAGCCGGUGUCGUCUGAGCAAGCGAAACGAAGUAGCGCUGGAUGGGAUGAGGGUCCUUCAGGCAACACUGUGCCAGGCCUGCGAGAGGGACUCCCAGUGUGGCGGAGCUAUGUGCUGUGCGGUCAGCCUCUGGAUACGAAACUUGCGCAUGUGCACCCCCAUGGGGCAGGAGGGGGAAGAUUGCCACCCGCUGAGCCACAAAGUCCCCUUCUUCGGGAAGAGGCUUCACCACACAUGUCCCUGCCUGCCCAACCUGGCAUGUGUCAGGACAGAUGACGCAAAAUCCAAAUGCCUGCCUUUAUACAAAGUCCAAGAUUACUAUUUCUGAGAGGAUGGAGCGCAGAACCUCUGUUUCAGCUGUUUCCGUGAUUCUGGUCUCAAGAAGUUUUAGGAAUAUAUCUGUAUUCUAUUUAUACAGUCAGAUGUGUUGCCUUACUCUGAUGAAUGUAAAUAUGGUCUGUACAGCACUUCAGGUUCAGCUCCUGUUGUUUAAAAGUGCUCUAUAAAUAAAGAAACAUAAACCUUUAUGCUGGGCACAGUCGUAAAU